AACAAGCUGCACCAAUUCUUUUCUAAUUAAGGAUGAUGGUGAAGAAGGAGAAGAUGAAGCUUUUGUCUUUAAUAAAUGGUACCCACUUCUUGUCUCAAUUUCUAUAUACUUUUUUACCUGCUUUAGUUUGAGAACACAACGCUCGCAGGCCCCAAGUAGGAGAUACCUCCUUCAAAGCAACAGUACUAAAGCUAUCUUGUGAACCAUGUAUUCUUCAAGCAAUUUCGAUCCUUUUCAAUACGUUCAAAAUCCGACAACCAUAGCAAGCUCCUUCGCAAACGCUCAAAGCCCUAGUUCCAUGCAAGAGGCCGACCAUUCUUCAUCUUCUUUGCACUUUCCUUUACCCUUUCUUGAUCAACGUGAUUUGCUUCUAAGUGACGUCUUUACUCAGCAUCACCCUCAACAACAACAGAUACUGGUGUCUAGUGCUAAUUUGGCAGCAGAGUCGACUCGGGAGAUGAACCCUGCUGUUUCAAAGAAGGCAACAAGAAGCAAUAACAAGAAACAGAGGAGCAAUAUGAAUGGUACAAAACAGCCGAUUUCUCGAAAGAGAACUGGGAAAAAGGACCGCCAUAGCAAGAUCCAUACCGCUCAAGGGCCGAGAGAUCGGAGAAUGAGGUUAUCCGUUCAAAUUGCUAGAAAGUUCUUUAAUCUCCAAGACAUGUUAGGCUUUGACAAAGCAAGCAAAACCAUCGACUGGCUGUUCACAAAAUCAAAGGCCGCAAUCAAGGAACUCAUAGACAGUCUCCCUAGUGCGAAGAGAAAUGGUAGUAGUGGUGGUGACCAGACUGUUUCUUCUACUUCAGAGAGUGAAAUUAUGCUACCAGGGAUAACGAUGACGCCCGAUAAUGGAGACAAGAGAGAGAUGGUAGUAGAAGGUGAACCAUUUGUAAGUAAUCCUAGACAAAGGCUCAAAAAAACAAAUAAACCAGUCCUUAAUUCUCUUGCUCGGGAGUCUAGGGACAAGGCGAGAGCAAGAGCAAGGGAGAGAACAAAAGAGAAACAGAAGAUCAAAGGCCUUGUCAAGUCCAAACAUUUUUCUCAAGCAAACCCUAACAAAUUGGAGCAGUUAGGUUCUGCUAGCUCCCUCGAAAAUGGUGAAAGCUUGGGUUUUGGAAGCCAAGAAAUGGAGUCUUCUUCAAAGAUGGUUCGUGAAGAAGAAGAAGAAGAACCUGCAACUUACUUGCUUCAACAUCAAAUGAAUUCUGUAAGAAUCGUUGACAAAUUUCUGGGGCUUACAAGCGCACCACAAUCUUGCUCAAGUUUUUAUCUUUCUGGCAACUUUGUGGUUCCAAGUGUUGGUGGGGCUGAUUUCGAGGAUGAGUUUUCAGGGUUUCCUGGAAAUUGGGACAUCAGCAAUGGAAGAGAACUCCAGAACAUACAUUGUGCAAUGCCAAACAUGAAGCUAUCAACGGGUAAUGUCCAUGUUCAAAACCCUCGUGCAAUUUUCAUGACCACCUCAGAUGCACGAAAACAGAAUUCUAGUUCAAAUUUCAGUGCCAUCUCAAAUGUUCAAGAACAGAACCUUAGUUCAGCUUUCAUGCCCUUUUUAAACUCCCAUGAAGAAAACCCUUGUUCAGUUUUCAUCUCAGAUUCCAAUGAACAAAACCCUAGUCCAAGUCCUAUGACCGCCAUGGACAAUGCAGGUUUGCGUUCUCACUUAACAAAAGAUCAAUUCUCCUGCAAUUCUAAUGCUGCCAAUAAGUUCGGCAGCUUAUAUUGAAGUGCCCAAACUCUCUCUCAUAUAUGUGUUUGAUCAAACCAAGAAGAAGAAGAAGAAGAAGAAGAAAGACAUUUUUCUCUUGUCUAGUAUUCCUCUGCAGUACUUGCCUGUUACCUUUUAACAUUGCCUUUGCUAAAUGUGGAACUCAUAGAAAAUAAGUAUUUGCUCGCCUUUCCUACAAAGAUUUAUCAGAAUUUCUUCAGAAUGGGAGCAUGUUGUGUUGGUCUUUAUUCAUGGAUCUGUUAUUGUUUUGACAAUUCUCUCAUUUCUUUAGAAAUCAUGCAUGAUCUUUCUCCGAGUGAUUUAGUUAACUGCCUCUAUAUAUAGC